UAGCUGACGGUGGACUUCACCUGUUGCACUCACCCAUCAGCCAGUGUUAGACAGCUCUGGGUUGGCCGGCACUGAGGAGGUCUCAUGAUUGAAAUGACUCAGUGGUAGUUUGGGAAGCUGUUUUGGUAGUUUAAUGAACUCUGGUGUGUAUCCUGGCUAAGUGAGUACAUCCACGGAAAAGCUCCAGCCCGGAAGACAACACGCCGACACUUUCAUCGGCGUCCGGAUGAAGUAAAGUUCAUUUACUGGAGCACUUGGAGUGUGAUACGUGGAGCCGUUUUCUUACCUCUUCUAGCCCACACCCGAGCUCUUCCUACUGUAGACUAGAUCAUAUCAGGCUUUAUCAUACUGUCGUGUAACCCCGAAUAAAAUGUGUUCUGGGUAGAGGCACAUCCUUCAGCCAUCGGAAGUUACGGUCUGAAUCUCUCUGAGAAACCGAGGGCAGGGACUGCCCACAUCCAGAUCUAUAAUCGUUCAGCUCUCAAACCAGUGGAAACGCAGCCUGUUCUUGUGAGAUCAGCCAAUUCCUGGGAAUCACAGGGUGGGUCCCUGAGCACUGAACUGAGAAAAUGAUGAGCCCUGUACUGUAGCACAGAGAGCCCUGAAGCAGGCAGUUCAGUGAUCUUGAGAGGAAGAGGAGAAACUGUCCAAGUCCAGAUGUGGCAUUCCUUGCCUGCCCCUCCUUCUCCCCCAUGCAGCUGGCUGGCCGACAACCCCUCUCUAUAGCAGGGCUCUGGUAUGUUUAGGGUCCCAUGGUUUGGCUGUGGUGUGCUCUCUGCCAUGCCUCCCGCCAUGACGGAUCUUCUGGAUUUGUGGGUGGAGCCCGGGCUGGAUGGAGAUGACCAGGUGACUGUGGACUUCCUGUUACCUACUGGAGUCUACAUUAAGAUGGAUGUUUCCCGACAGAGCUCCCUCCAAUGCAUCAAACAGAUGCUGUGGAAGCAGGCCCAGGGCUACCCCCUCUUCACUCUGCUGGGGGAGAUGGACAGCCACAUCUUCGAGUGCGUGAACCAGGCGGCGGUGCACGAGGAGCUGGAGGAUGAGAGCAGACGGCUGUGCGACGUCCGCCCAUUCCUGCCCGUCCUCAGACUCAUCGCCCGGAACUGCGGCCGCGCCGAGCGCCUGCUCGACUCCAAGAUUGGUGUGCUCAUUGGAAAAGGGCUCCAUGAGCUGGAUGCACUGCAGGACCAGGAAGUAAAAGAUUUUCGAUCCAAAAUGCAGCGCAUCAGCGAGGAGAACAUGCAGUGUGUGCACAUGAUGUCAUGGGGGGAGUGGCUUCAGAGCUGCUUCUCUCCCCAGAUAGAGGCGGGGCCAGUCAACGGCUAUUGUGAUGGGAGUGAGGGCGAGGUCAAAAUCAUCAUGCACUACAGCGAGUCCCAGGACACUGCAAGUCUUAAAGUUCCUCUCAGCUGCACUGUAGCCGAACUAAUGGAGCAGGCCCUCAGGAAAUGGCUAACCACUCAUGGCUCAGAGGAAGAUGAAGGUUGCCUUGGUGACUAUGUGCUGAGAGUCAGUGCCAAGCUAGAGUUCUUGUUUGGGGAUCACCCGCUUCAUCACUACAGAUACAUCAGAUCAUGUUUGCUGGCCCAGGAGGUCCCCCACCUCACACUAGUACACUGCAGUGUCGUGAAAGCCAUGUUUGAGCGCGAGAUCUGCACCAUUGGUGGUGUGCUCGCAUGGAAGGCGUCCAAUCUUCCUCUCCCCCUUCCCCCUAAAAAGAGAGGAUUAACACAGGUGCAUACAUGUGUUUGGGAGGUUCACUCUCAGUUCAAAAUCACUUUGGUCAAGGGCAUUAAGGUCAACGCAGAGGAAACAGCAAAGGUGCAGGUGCGUGCUGGUCUGUUCCAUGGCACAGAGCUACUGGGUAAGGUCGCAGUUAGCAGCGAGAGCAGUGGCCGCUCCGAGCACGUCUGGAACAAGGCGCUGGAGUUCGACCUCUCCAUCUGUGACAUCCCUCGCAUGUCUCGUCUCUGUUUCGCCAUCUACGCUGUGAUGGACAAAGUCAAAAAGCAGAAAUCUACCAAGAGCGUGCAAAUGAACAAACAUCAGACUAUCCGCAAGUCAGGGAAACUGUUGUACCCAAUAGCGUGGGUAAACACGAUGGUGUUUGACUACAGAGGACAGAUGAAGACUGGUGACAUCACCUUACAUACCUGGUCCUCUUUUCCUGAUGAGCUGGAGGAGAUGUUGAACCCGAUCGGGACAAUCCAGACAAAUCCGUACAGGGAGAACGCCACAGCACUCCAUGUCCGCUUCCCUGAGUACUCGCCACAACCGGUUGUAUUUCCACCAUUUGACAAAAUCCUAGAAAAGGCUGCAGAGAUUGCUGGAGCCAGUGAUACAUUGUCAAUGGGACGAGGGGGAAAAAAGUUCUACGUAGAACUGAAGGAGAUCAUGGAAAGGGAUCCGCUGUCCCAGCUAUGUGAAAACGAGAAGGACCUGAUCUGGACCCUCCGUUAUGACUGCAGAGAGAACUUUCCCCAAUCUCUGCCUAAACUUCUGCUGUCUGUCAAAUGGAGUAAACAUGAAGAUAUGGCUCAGUUGCAGGCUCUGUUGCAGAUUUGGCCCAAACUGAGUCCUCGAGAUGCUUUAGAGCUGCUGGAUUUUAACUACCCAGAUCAGUACGUCAGAGAGUACGCCGUGAACUGUCUGCAGGACAUGAGUGAUGAGGAGUUGUCGCAGUAUCUGCUGCAGCUGGUGCAGGUGUUGCGGUACGAGCCAUACUACGACUGUGCACUCACACGCUUCCUACUGCGCCGUGCUCAGGCAAACCGCAAGAUUGGACAUUUCCUGUUCUGGCAUCUUAGGUCCGAGAUGCACAUGCCAGCAGUGUGUGUACAGUUUGCUCUGAUUCUGGAGGCGUACUGCAGAUGCAGUGUUCCUCACAUUGAAGUGCUUAAGAAACAGGUGGAAGCUCUGAGCAAGCUGAAGGCCGUGAACGAACUCAUAAAGCUCGGCACAAUAAAGACAAAGAAGAUGAAGGAGGCCCAACUGAAGGAUGCCAUGAUGAAGUGCCUUAGACAGACCGGCUUCAUCGAGACCCUGUCCGACUUGCACUCGCCCCUGGACCCCCAGGUCCUGCUUGCUGGGGUCAAUGUGGAGAGGUGUAGGUACAUGGACUCUAAAAUGAAGCCCCUGUGGAUUGUUUACAAUAACAAGCUGCUGGUGGGAGACACGAUGGGAAUCAUCUUCAAAAACGGAGAUGAUCUAAGGCAGGACAUGCUGACCCUUCAGAUUCUCAGGCUGAUGGAUAUUCUGUGGAAGGAGGCGAACCUGGACCUACGAAUUGUGCCUUAUGGUUGCCUGGCAACAGGAGAUCGUACAGGCCUCAUAGAGGUGGUGUCAUACUCUGAAACUAUUGCCAACAUACAGAAAAACAGCAGCAACAUGGCAGCUGCUGCAGCCUUCAACAAAGACGCCCUGCUCAACUGGCUCAAGGACAAGAACCCUGGUGAUGCUCUGGAGAAAGCCAUUGAGGAGUUCACACUGUCUUGUGCUGGUUAUUGUGUUGCCACCUAUGUUUUGGGCAUUGGUGAUCGCCAUAGCGACAACAUCAUGGUCCGCAGCACAGGGCAGCUUUUCCAUAUAGAUUUCGGUCAUAUCCUUGGGAACUUCAAGUCAAAGUUUGGGAUCAAGCGCGAGAGAGUCCCGUUCAUCCUCACACACGACUUCAUCCAUGUCAUUCAGCAAGGCAAGACUGGCAACACUGAGAAAUUUGGCAGUUUUAGACAGAACUGUGAGGAUGCUUACCUGAUUCUGAGGAAGAAUGGAAAUUUGUUCAUCACGCUGUUUGCUCUGAUGCUCACUGCUGGGCUACCAGAGCUCACCUCCGUCAAGGACAUUCAGUACUUAAAGGACUCUCUUGCGCUGGGUAAGACAGAUGAGGACGCUUUAAAGCAGUUUCGUCAGAAGUUUGAUGAGGCUCUCCGAGAGAGCUGGACAACUAAAGUAAACUGGAUGGCUCACAAUGUAGCUCACCCCUCCUAACGGGCUCCCACAGACAGGACUGGCGUGUGGGGGAGCUGUCCUAAACCACAGAGCCUGGAAGAUCCUGCAAGUUGUAAAGUCCAUUCAUUUAUUUAAUGGUCAAAUGCGACUUGAUCAUGUUGUAUAAAUAACAAACAACUAAAAGCUGCUGGGUUUGAUAAAUGUUCUGAACAGAGGAGUUUGUAAGCAUGCACAUGGUCAAACAACCUGGAACGUCACCCACUUGGUCCAGCGGCCCAACAGGACUGGAUUCCAGUAGCAGCUACCAGAGCUGGAAGGAGGAGAGGUCAUAAGGGUUGAUGGAGCGCUCUCCUCGCUGCUGAUAAGGGAGGGGAAGUGUCUGGCCACAGACACUCAUCGUGUGUGGGGGGCGGGGAGCAUCGUCGUCACUCUGUGUCGGGAUUUGGAUUGACAGUGUUCGUUGCCCUGUGCUGUUCUUGCAAAGGAGGGACUGUCCAUUAGGACCAGGGACUAGAACACACAGUGCAGGAUGCAAAACAUGGACAGAAACUCAAACAUUCCAGAGUAAAAUUAUCCACUCCACAUUUACAUAAUUUAACUAUGUAAUUAUAGAAAGCCCCAAAAUCACUGAGACGCUGUAACCCAUCUGCAGACCCCCCACACCCACCGCCUCAUCUGGUCACUUUUCCUUCUGCUGUCAAAACAAGUGGACUGUGCGUUUUGGAAGUCUGAUCCAUGCCAGGGAGACUAAAAGGGAAAACCCUGCACCUGCCACUUCAUUCUUAUGUCAGAUUUAUUCUGCCUCCACUGGACACAAACAUGCUUGAAAAGAAACCUGAGCAUGUCGCCAAUCUUUGCUCUUCUGAACAGCCAGUCUGCUUCAGUCUCAGCUUGGUUGUCAUUGUAGAUGUACUACUAAGAUAUUACUUCAUUAUAUCAACCCCCCACAAACUCUCACGUGGAGAAAGUGUGUGUAUUAAGUUGAAGGAGUUUGCACAGAAACACUGGAACAAGAGUGGCGUAAGAUGAUAGAAGAGGAGAAUGCUGGAUUCUGAAUGAACUGUUAGAGUAGCGGCCAGGCUGGGCUAAACUCUGCACGUCUGCUGCACAUGCUCAGAACAUAGUCUGGGCCGUUUUGUGCCUCAUGCUUGCUUUCUUUUCCGUUUUGUAUCGUAUGUGCCAGACUACUUUAUGUGAGAUUUCUAAACACUGGAAUUAUAAGAAAGAAUAUUUAAUGUUUUGUUUUUAUAUAUAUAAUUUUUAAGUCUCUAUUCCUCCUUCUGAAAUGUUUAUAGCUUGCAUGUUAAAUGACUUGGAGAUUAUUCCCACCCAGGUGCCUAUAGCAAGCAAACACUGUAAUGUUGUUUAUCAUGACCACCCCAAGUUCAGUACCAACAUAACUGAUGGUAGCGCCUUCAUGAUGUGCUUGUAGCUCCUAAUGUAGUUUGUUUUGUAUAAAAUGCAGUUUUCCUUUGGAGCAUCUGAAGGGCUUCGUGUAUGGCGUUUUGGAUGACCCACCACGCCGAUGAAGAAUUGCAAAAGUACUACUGAAACUGGUUACAUGAGUGCAUCUCUCAACACCUACUACCCUGGGUAGGAGGCAGAUGAGAGGAUGUCUAGCACAACAUGUAUGAAUGUCACUAAAGCACCAUUCCAUAGAUCAUAAAUAGGGGUCACCAUGAGUCUACCGAUUGUGUAGGUAGAGGUCAGUUGUGACAAGCACAUGUUUUAGCCACUUUAUAUUCUCAAUCUCAGGUUUGGACAACUAAACAGGUUUUAAUGUUUCUCCCUUAGCUCUGCACAGGAAGUGUUUUAAAAGGGCUCAUCUCUGCCUGGGCAUAACAAUAUUGAUUUUUCUGUGGUCAUGAUUAUCAGAAGUCCUCAAUAGCGGUAUCCAUGACUAAUGCUUGUAGACAAUUUUGUCUGUUUUAGUCUAAUAUGGUGUUCUACUCCCAAACAGCAGGUGACAAGAGCCCAUAUAAUAAUUUCUUUGUGCGCAGUGCAGUUGAGAUGAGUCUAACUGAACCAGUACCCCUCCCCUGCCCUGACUCCAAAUAAAAACUAGUUGUGGUAUUAGCAACACGUUUUAUGACAACAGCCUUAAACACAAAGUGGCCGUGAACGUUUUAUCAUGGAUAUUUUAUAUUAUUAAUAACCUGCUGGGUAUCUUUAGUGCUGCUUGAAAUGUCUUCAGGUGGGUGGGUGUAUACAAACAUACACAAACAAACAAUGAGGUAUUGAGAAAUGGUUUUAUAUAAUUAACAGAUUUAUAUUUGUAUCAGCAGCUGACUAUAGCAAUGUUGUUUGAGCUGAUUAGAUAGCAUUAUCGAAUACCAGUUAGCUCCUGUAUUAACAAGGAGCUAGUCUACUGCCUGAGCUGGUGUUGGUGCAAUAUCGAGAUGUAACCUGUCUUAGCCGAAUCCACCUAUUACAUGUGAAUUUCUGUGUCUUCGAUGCUGCUGUAUGCUACACUGCUAGCCUUCAGUUUUCACACACUGAAAGUCUGCCGUAUUGCUUAUCGCCGUAAGAAUGCGAUUAAAGUUUUUUUCCCCCCAUUCA